AGAGAGGAGAGAGACAGCCCGCAGAGAAACCAGCUGCAUCUUAGAGAGAGAGAGAGAGAGAGAGAGAGAGUGGGAGAGAGUAAUGGAGAGGAUUGCAAUGGCCUCUUCCACCAUGCCCUUGGCUUCUUUCCGAGCCCAUUCUCUCUCUUAUCUUAGGAAGAUGCCAUGGAAAAGCUCGGUGAAAGCUUGCUUUAACACCUCUCUAAUGGCGUCCGGUCCCUCACGAAGAGCGGCCCUCCUGCAUAUAGGCAGUGCUAUUCAGCAGGCGCACCUGUUUGGUAUAAAGGCAUCUAGUAUAUUAAGAGCAGAGGGAAAUGUUGCAGAGGCAAGGACUUCUACCAAUAUGGCACAAGCUAGCACCACUGUGAGCCAGGAAUAUAUCCUGGACUGGGCUAAAAAGGAUAAUAGGAGACUUCUUCAUGUCGUUUAUCGUGUUGGAGACUUGGACAAGACCAUUAAAUUUUAUACAGAGUGCUUGGGGAUGAAAUUGCUGAGGAAGCGUGACAUACCUGAAGAGAGAUAUACAAAUGCUUUUCUUGGGUAUGGUCCAGAAGAUUCACAUUUUGUGGUGGAACUCACUUAUAACUAUGGAGUGGAUAAAUAUGAUAUAGGUACUGGUUUUGGUCAUUUCGGUAUCGCAGUUGAGGAUGUUUACAAAACGGUAGAACUCAUUAAAGCAAAGGGAGGAAAGGUUACUCGGGAACCUGGUCCUGUAAAAGGUGGCAAUACUGUUAUUGCUUUCGUCGAAGAUCCGGAUGGCUAUAAAUUUGAGCUUUUAGAAAGAGGGCCUACACCCGAGCCCUUGUGCCAAGUAAUGCUUCGGGUGGGAGAUCUUGAUCGUUCUAUCAAUUUUUAUGAGAAGGCUUUUGGCAUGGAGCUCCUGCGCAAACGAGACAAUCCCGAGUACAAGUACACUAUUGCCAUGAUGGGUUAUGGCCCCGAAGACAAAAAUACGGUCUUGGAGUUGACGUACAACUAUGGCGUCAAAGAAUAUGAAACGGGAAAUGGUUAUGCUCAGAUUGCAAUAGGCACUGAUGAUGUCUAUAAGACAGCAGAAGCAAUCAAAUUAGCUGGUGGAAAAAUCACUCGUGAACCAGGUCCACUACCUGGAAUCAAUACAAAGAUCACAGCCUGCUUGGAUCCUGAUGGUUGGAAAUCGGUUUUUGUCGACAACCUUGAUUUUGCUAAGGAGCUAGAGUGAGGGAAAACCCGCAGAAAGUGCUGAGCUCAUUACCUUAAAAUUUGCCCGUGGCUCGCCCGGCUUUGGACAAAGUCGUUAUUUUUGGAGAUUCAAGCGCUUGGAGAAUCCAUUCUGUAGAGAGAGAGAGAACGAAGAUACUCAUACUACCUUCCUCUGUAAAUUUAGGAAUAAACAUGUCCUCGAGGUAGUGUAUUUGCAGAAGAUAGAUAGUUUUUGUUCAAUUUCUUGAUCUAAAUUUAACGUCGAUUCCCUUUCUUUCACAUAUCUAUCCUCUUUAACAUAAAAUAACAUUGGUACCUAAAUUCACGUCUAUGUUCUCUCA